GCGAUCUCCCAGCAUCCUCAGCGCCGCUUUCCCGCCAGGACGACGCUCAAGCGGUUUUCAGCUUCCCUUAGCCUCUUCCGAACACGUUUCAGCCUUCUGCUGCUGGAUUUUUACGUCCGUCAUCCCACCAUGCAGCGUGACCCUCCGAAGAAGAAGCCGGACAAGAAGAGAGAAAAGCGGUUCUUUGACGCUGUGUCCUUCGGGAAGGACCUGCUGGCUGGCGGGGUGGCGGCGGCCGUGUCCAAGACGGCCGUGGCGCCCAUCGAGCAGGUGAAGCUUCUGCUGCAGGUGCAGGCGUCGUCCAAGCAGAUCUCCCCCGAGAUGCAGUACAAGGGCAUCGUGGACUGUCUGCUGCGCAUUCCCCGCGAGCAGGGUUUCUUCAGUUAUUGGCGUGGCAAUCUUGCAAAUGUCAUUAGGUAUUUUCCAACACAAGCUCUAAAUUUUGCUUUUAAGGACAAAUACAAACAACUUUUCAUGUCUGGAGUUAAUAAAGAAAAACAGUUCUGGAGAUGGUUUUUGGCAAACCUGGCUUCUGGCGGAGCAGCUGGGGCAACAUCCUUAUGUGUAGUAUAUCCACUAGAUUUUGCUCGAACCCGAAUAGGUGUUGAUAUUGGAAAAGGUGCUGCAGAGCGACAAUUCAAGGGUUUAGGCGACUGUAUUAUGAAAAUAGCAAAAUCAGAUGGAAUUAUUGGUUUAUACCAAGGGUUUGGUGUUUCAGUACAAGGCAUCAUUGUGUACCGAGCCUCUUAUUUUGGAGUUUAUGACACAGUUAAGGGCUUAUUACCCAAACCAAAGGAAACCCCAUUUCUUAUCUCCUUUUUCAUUGCUCAAGUUGUGACUACAUGCUCUGGAAUACUCUCUUAUCCCUUUGACACAGUUAGAAGACGUAUGAUGAUGCAGAGCGGUGAGACUGAACGGCAGUAUAAAGGAACUAUAGACUGCUUUGUGAAGAUAUACAAAUAUGAGGGAGGCGUUGCAUUUUUUCGUGGUGCCUUCUCCAAUAUCCUUCGUGGUACAGGGGGCGCUUUAGUGUUGGUAUUAUAUGAUAAAAUUCAAGAAUUCAUUAAUAUUGGUAGUGGAGCAAUAGCAGCAGGAGCUAUAGCCACAAUUGUUGCUAUUGCUGUUGUAGCAUUGAUAGUAGUAAAAAGCAUAAAUUCUUUUAAGUGGACAAAUAAUGACAAUACGAGCACUGGAAAAUUUGGUGAAACCGUCAAUUUCAAGAUUGAAACAAGUAGGAAACAGGAUAAAGAAUCGAUCGAGAAGGAACAGAAAAUAUACGAAUUAGUAGAAGAGGAACAGAGAACAUCCCAAGAAUUGGGUGAGAAGAAACAGGAAACAUCUGACGAGGUGGAUGAGAAGGGCCAGGAAUCAUAUGAAGAAUUGGGCAAGAAGGAACAGGAACCCCAUGAAGAAGUGAACCAGAAGGCACAGGACAGCCACGCUCCGUAA